AUGUCAUUCUCUUGGUCCAGCACAUUCCUCGUUGGGACAGCUACAACGUUCUCUCAAGGUGACAAGAUUAUCCUCCCACAAACAGCUCUCGAAUCUAUCAUACAAGCCCAUGCCUCUGCACCUUCUUCUUAUCCAUCAGACCAAACCGAUUCAACCUAUGACCCUACUUCCUGGGAGAAUCCUCCCAGCUACUAUAAUAACAAUAACAUAAGCAAGAAACAGGACUUGCCAUCCCCGCUCACUUUUCAGAUCCGUAACCCUGCGAAUCGAUUAUUAACCCAUGGAGGCGUUCGAGAGUUCUCUGCCUUGGAUAAUCAAGUUCAUUUACCUCUCUGGAUGAUGAAUUCCUUAUCAGUGUCUGAAGGGGAUCAAGUUAUGAUCAAAUAUCUCCUGUUACCAAAGGGAACUUGGGCUAAAUUUCGACCCCUGACAACCGAUUUCUUUUCAGAAGUUUUAGAUUUAAGAGCUCUAUUGGAAGCCUCUUUAAGAUCUCAUUAUACAACACUGACAAAGGGAGAGAUCUUGAAAGUUCAACAAGGGAACAAGGAGUUUGAGUUCUUGGUAGGGGAUUUGAAACCUGAACAUUCUGCAGGACAAGCUGUUUGUAUCACCGAUACAGAUUUGGAAGUCGAUAUUGAGCCAUUGGAGACAGAUAUGCAACAGCAACAUCAACAUCAACAGCAGCAGAAUUCUGUGAUACAAAAUGGGAAAAUAACUCAGACGAAUGGGAUGUCAACAAGUUUGUCCCACAUGAUGAAUUCAAGUAGGGAUCGAUCUUUAAAGAUCGGUUUUGAAAGUCAUGGAGAAGUAGUCGUGGAUAGUUACCAAUGUUGGUCGAUUGAUAUUCCGAACCGUAACUCUGGUAUCCAGAUCACAGUAAAUGUAGUACCGCCAACAACAACAGCAGUGUCAGUAGAUACAGAGGAUUUAGAUGUGGUGGUUUCAACAAAAGCACCCGUGUCUCUAGAGGACCACAUCUGGGCCAAUUUUGAAUCAUUGAAUCCACGAGUCAUCACCAUCCCUGCUAGCGAUCAAGAAUACUCGAGGAAGCAAGAAGACGGAUCACAACUUAUACACAUUGGUCUUUAUGGGCGAGCCUCUUCUACUUCUUCUUUGACUUCAGAAGCAUCUUCUAGCUCAGCAAUGGCAACGGCAGAAACAGUAAAAGGAAUUGUUCGCUAUAGUAUUGUAGUACGGUAUUAUGAUGGUGAAUCUUUAUCAGCGUCGUCGUCCUCAGGAGCAACAACAAAUGUACAACAACAGCAAGAGAUCCCCAAUAAGGAUGCGCCAGGGUACCAAGAAUGUACCAACUGUGGAUCAUGGAUUCCAGAACGGACAAUAAUGUUGCACACCAACUUUUGCCUUCGUAACAAUGCUAAAUGUGAUCGAUGUGGCCAGGUCAUGAAGAAGGAUGAACUUCCCAAUCAUUUUCACUGUGAUCAUUGUGAUAAGGGCUCUUUAGCGUCUAAUGCUCGAGAUAUGAUCCGAGGUCUACACUCUCAUGAAUCCUAUUGUGGAGAUCGAACGAUUCAAUGUCAAAAAUGUUCAGCCAUGGUCUCUCUCAAGGAUGUUCAAGUCCAUGCUCAAAAUCAUGAAUUCCAACGACAGAACCAACCAGCUCCUCAGCUGUGCUCCAAUCAAAAUUGUCUUCGCAUCAAAUCUUCUGGCGGUGGUAAUGCUGGUGCCGGUACUGCCAGUGGUGGUAGCAACAAUAUCUUGGGUCUCUGCCAACUGUGUUUUGGGCCCUUCUGGAUCCCGACCGAAGAUCCCAAGAAUCAAAAACUGGUUCAAAGGCUUGCUAGAAAAUAUCAUUCACAAUUGAUGACUGGUUGUGGGAACUCGUGGUGUCGGAAUGAAUACUGUGCAAGUUUUAGAGGUCAAGGAUUAGAUGCGACCACGGCAGCGACUGAAUUGAUGGGGAUCUUGAAAGAGGCUAAAGUGGGUGCUUCUACUACAAGUUAUAUUCAAGGUGGCAAGACUUGGUUAUGUGUGGAUGAGGGUGCGACUCGGAAAAAAGUCAUGGCAGAGUUGUUACAUCAGGAUCUGCAAGCCAAAUAUUCGAUUGAAUGGUGUAUCAAAGCACUCGAGAUGGAGAAAUCAGAUCUGGAAGCUGCUUCACAAUGGCUGAACCUCCAUGCACCAAGAAAACAAAAAUAA